AAAAAAGUAAAUCAAGAUGAAAUUCAAAAAACCAAUAUUGAUAAUGAAUUUUUAGUGCCAAGUACCAAGCAAACUAAUGGUCUUUUUUACAUUGUAAAUAGUAAAAUAGGUACAUGCUCUUGCUCUAUCAGAAUAACAAGUACUUCAUGUAAGCACCAAGGAGCUGCUUUAAUGAAAUUUUAUGUCUCUACAUUUAAUUUUAUCCCAUCUUUGACGCUCAACGAUCGCAUAACUUAUACUUAUAUUGCUUUUGGUAAUGUUGCCAACAAUAGAUCCUUCUAUACAUCAUUGCGUCCACAAUCUACUUCACAACCACAAGAAUGUUUAUAUGCUAAGAUGGGUGUAUCAAACAAUACUCAAAAUAUAGAAGAACCAAGUCCAAGUGAAAAGGACAAGGAUGAUGAUACUUCAUUUAUGGCUUUUUUAGAGGAA